AUGAGAUUCACGAACAGCAUCAGCUGGGCAGCAGUGGCCCUCUGUGCCUCUACGACCUCAGCUUUACAAGUCAAUACCGACACCACCAGCAGUGGUGACGGUGGUACCAAUUACAUCAGCGAUGGUCUUUUCAUCGAGCCCGAUGUGUACUUCCUUGUCACCAGCUCCUCUUCUACGAGAAUUGGCGGUGACAUCAACAACAAGGGUGAAUUCUUUGUCGAGUCCCAGGACGGUCUUACCGCCAGUGUGACGCUUUCUUCCGGAAGUCUUGACAACUCUGGUGACAUUAUCUUCAACGGCACCAACUCGGUUUUCGGCACCUACUACAACUUGGAGGCCUCCAAGGACUUCAUCAACAGCGGUAACAUCUGGUUGCAGUUGAAGGACUCCAACAUUUUCUCGCCCAUCUCGCUUACCAGUGGUAACCUCUUCAGCUCGGGCACCUGGGAAAACACCGGAAGAAUCCACUUGAUCCAGGAGCAGGGCUCCCCAUCCACGGUGACCAUCACCGCCAACUCGGGCGAGGUCACCAACGACGGUACCAUCUGUCUUGAGAACAUCAACUGGUCUCAGUCUGUCAGCAUCGAAGGUGAGGGAUGUGUCAAUGUUGGUGACGACGCUGUCAUGACUCUUGCUACCUUCGGCUACACCACCAACGAGAACCAGAUGUUCUACCUCGCCGCCUCCAACUCGCUGGUUUUGGUCACCUUGGACGCCAACAACGAGGGCCAGAGAACCUACACCGUCGGUGGUUUCGGUAACGGCAACAAGAUCAGAACCAACCUCGGUUUCAACGACUGGUCCUACUCCGACGACACCUUGUCUCUCAUUGGUCUUUUCGAGCUCUCCAAGAUCAACAUCAAGAUCGGCGAGGGCUACGAGCUCAGCGACUUCAGAACCAGCAGCGGUGGAAGCAGUGGCACUUACAUCUCCUACACUGGAGCUGUUCCAGCCGGCGGUCCUCCAGACAAGUGUUUGUGUGCUGACCCUCCAGAGGAGCCCUCAGAGACCAGUGCUGCUUCUUCUGCCACUGACCCAGCUUCUUCUGAGCCUGAGUCUUCUACUACCCUGCCAGACGACGAGACUACUUCUUCUGCUGACAACGGCGAUGAUGUUACUACUACUUUCGAGACCACCGAUUCUGACGGCAACCCUACUACUGAGUCUGGUGUGGUAAGCACCGGAACUGACUCAAACGGCGACCCAACUUCUUCGACCUCUACGUUCCCUGGUGACGGUGACGAUGGAGACGACGGAAUCACAACCACCUUUGAGACUACGGAUUCCGAUGGUAAUCCUACCACUGAGUCUGGCGUUGUCUCUACUGGAACUGACCUGAAUGGAGACCCAACUUCUUCGACCUCUACGUUCCCAGGCGAUGGAGACGAUGGAGACGACGGAAUCACUACUACUUUCGAAACGACCGACUCGGACGGAAACCCAACCACCGAGUCUGGCGUUGUUUCUACCGGUACCGACUCGAAUGGAGACCCAACCUCCUCUACCUCUACGUUCCCAGGCGAUGGAGACGAUGGAGAUGAUGGAGUUACAACCACCUUUGAAACCACUGAUUCUGACGGAAACCCAACCACGGAGUCUGGUGUGGUAAGCACUGGAACGGACUCCAACGGUGACCCAACUUCUUCGACUUCUACGUUCCCUGGUGACGGUGACGACAACGACAAUGAAGCUACUACCACCUUCGAGACUACCGAUUCCGACGGUAACCCCACCACCGAGUCUGGCGUUGUUUCCACAGGAACCGAUUCCAACGGUGACCCAACAUCUUCCACCUCCCUUUUCCCAGGUGACGGAGACGACGGUGCCACCACCACCUUUGAAACCACCGACUCCGACGGCAACCCUACUACCGAAUCCGGUGUGGUCUCCACGGGCACUGACUCCGAUGGAAACCCUACCUCGUCCACUUCCCUUUUCCCUGGAGAUGGUGAUGACGGUGCCACGACCACUUUCGAGACCACUGACUCUGACGGUAACCCUACCACUGAAUCCGGCGUGAUCAAGACCGACACCGACGCCGACGGCAACCCCACCACCUCCACCUCCUUGUUCCCAGGCGACGACGACGGAAAAACCACCACUUUCGAAACCACCGAUGCCGACGGAAACCCCACCACCCAGUCCGGCAUCAUCGGCGUCUCCACCGACUCCAACGGCGACUGGCAGACCUCCACCUCCUUGUUGCCAGACGAAAACGAACACACCACCUCCUGGACCACCACGGACUCCGACGGAAACCCAGUCACCACCUCCGGCGUGGUCAAGGAAACCACCGACGCCGACGGAAACUUGAUCACCACCACCUGCGAUCUCGACCCUACCGAGUACACCACCACCGUCUGUGACACCGACGAUGCGGGCGAGGUCCACACCAAGACGGUGUAUGUGUGUGACACUUCUGACGAGGCUGGUUCCAAGUCCAAGGUCACCGGUGCCAUUGUCAAGACCACCAUCCACGGCGUGGUCACUCAGUACACCACCUACUGUCCUCCAGCCAGCACCCAUGUGUCUGAGCACGAGACGGUGGAGCACGGCAAGACCAGAACCAUCACCAAGACCGAGAUUGUCGAGGUCGACGUUUGGGGCCACAAGCACACUUCUUCUGUGGCAGGCGAGCCUUCGGUGGUGACUUCUAGUGCUGUUGCCUAUGAGACCAAGGAGGGCGGUGCAUCUUCUGCUCCAGCUGCCUCCAGAAUCAGCACCUACGAGGGUGGAGCUGGCUCGCCAUUCUUGAGCCUUGGCUUGGCCUUCCCUCUUGGCCUUUUGGCUCUUCUUUAA